AUGAAGGUCCACCCUGAUGUUCACCCAAUCAAAUCUGCCACUGUAGCGCUGACAAAACUCGAGCCUGCUAAUCUGCCGGAUGGCGUCACGUGUAACAUUCAGCAAAGGUCUUUCCUUAAUACUACAGUCAGCUACUCAAAGCCCGAAAACGCCUCGCAAGUAAAUAGGUGCUCAGGAGAAGCCAAAUGUAGAAGUGUUCCGUCAAAUACUACCGAUAACUCUAAGGACGACAGUCUCGGAGAUAAAGUAUCUCUUGACGAUAGACCAACUAGAAACAACGACCGAAAAAUGGCGCCUCCUAAACAUGUUUUCGAUCACGAAAAUACCAAGACUCGCGAAACAGAAAACCAUGAAUCGUCCCCAAAACGCAGAAAGCUUUAUUUUUCUACCUCCAUAAACAUUAAUGUAGAAGCGGAUGUUGGAGAGGGCAAUAUGACAAGCAAUGCAAAAGAGAACAUAUCAGUAUCAACUGACACACAGUAUGGAAGAAAAGAGGCAUCGAACGUACCUAUAGUUGUGGGGAUGAGAUUUGGCAAACCUUUAGAUAAAAGUCAUCAACCUGACGAUGAUUCCAAUGAAGAGGAGAAAAACGUCGGAAAGUCGUUCAGAAAAAUUCAACAUACCAACGAUAUUGGUAAACAGGACCCUGGUAUCAAAGGAACGAACACAUCUGCUACAGAGAGCAAAUAUGCAAGACUUUCCGGAAAAGCAGUCGAUGAAAAGCCGAUGCAAAUUGAAGGAAAUUGUGUCUGCAUUGAAAACGAACAAUCAUGUGAAUCCACACCCUAUGCCGUUAAGAGACACGAUUCUUCCGCAAAAAGGCAUACUUCUAAUACUGACAUGAUCGAUUGUUUAGAUAUAUCAAAAGGAAGUAAGAAAUCCAAGAUCAAAAUAGAGAAUAUAACAGCAAAAUUAAUGAGAGAAAAACAAGUAGCUUGCGAUAUUCCGGGAUCUAAUGACAUGAACACUUCGCCGUAUCUAUCGACUUUAAAAUGUGAACCAUUGGGUCCUUCCACCUUCACCUCUAUCAAGUCCAUGAACAGACAGCUGUCCGAUAAUAACCCAGCACACCGCACCAGAAAAAGACCCACCCAAAAACAGUAUGUGCGCUGUAAUUCCGCUAAAGAAGUAUCACUUAAAGAAGAAGUGAUCCCUAAAGAACGAUGUUCUUCUGUUCCUUUGUCUAGUGUGAGCAAGCUAAAGGAGACAAGAAAAAUGCUGAAGACAGCAAUAUCAGCAAGUGCCGUUAGCACCAAGGUGGAGUACGCAACGCUGGAGGACUGGACACAUGGCAUACCGAAAAACGUUCCAAAUAUUCUCGUCAAGUCAAAACAUGUUCCUAAUUUCAGAGAAAUUUCCAAAGUUGUACAAACUGCGACUUGCUCCAAAUCGUCAACAUUUGAUAAAAUGUGCACAGAUACUUCAAAAACGGCUUCGGCGGAGCUCGUUCGACUCCAGAAAAUCGAUAGUAAUGAAAGUGAAGAAGUUUUGACAAAACUUAAACAGAAAAGAAAUCGGAAAAAACAAGACGAGACAGUAAAACCUGGUCCAUCUGGAUAUAGAAAGAUCAGUGGAUUCGUGAAAGGAGAAGGAAAACAGCCCGGAAAGUCAUCAGACAAACCAGUUACGAUUAGCGACACAGAACGAAGUACGCUAGCAAAAGCGCUCAAGUCAAAUGCUUUACAUGUAAACAAUCCAAAUUCGUUCCCAUACAUGAAAAAAUUUAAGCUUCCAGUUGAAGGAAUUCAAAUGAAAAUCAAUAGAACAUCGCCGAAAAAUCGUGUUGCAUUAACAUACAAAAAUGAAAUAGGAUCGAAGAGUCCGAUCUCUUUUAAGUUUUCACCUAAAAAGGCUAUAGAUGUAGUUACCGAGGAGGCUGAUGCAGUAAGUACCAAACUGCUACCGGUUAAAAGUGCCACAGCAUCAAAACCACUGGUCCAGAUGGGAAGCUUUGCCAUCAGUAAAUCUCAGGAAAUUUUUCCAGUCAAAUCCAACGAGUCAUUCUUAACUCCUGAAACAAAGCCGAACGUUACUACUCCUAAGCGUCUUAUUCAUGCCAUAUCUUAUGCUGAUUAUUGUGCACAAAUGGACGAUGCAGAAGCUUCAGAGGAUGCGGCGAAGCCAAGGCGCACGUCAGAACAAGAUGAAAUUAAGGCGACGGAAUUGAAGAAAAAUGACGCAGAAAUCGGCGAUAAUAUAAACGAUCCAUUGCAGAAUGACGAUACUUUGUUGUUGAAAAAGCUAAAUCAGUUACAUGUAGGUAAUACAAGCUGUUCGGUAGACGUAAUAUCUUCAUCUCCACAAUCCCAUGAUACUGUGGAGGUGUUGGAUUGCUCUGAAGAAGCAAUAAAACAAGAGAAAUGCGAAGAACCUCAUAAAGAAAGUUUAGAUAUUGACGAUGACGAUGAUGAUGAUGAUGAUGACAGUGUACACUUGUCGGAUCAUAGGUAUACAAAGACUCCAGAAGCUUCGCCAGCUAAAUCCCUCACUAAGGGCAUCCUGCACAGAACGUCAACACAAUCUGGAACUGUAGUAAUGGGGAACCGUGCUCAGAUAUCACAAGGCAACUGUAAACAACCUGUUUAUGCUGUUAAAUAUGGCGACAAACUCUUCCUUAUACAUGGCAAGGACGACAGCAACAAAAUAUCUGUAACUGGGACAAUGGAAACAAAAAAGGAGAUUCCAAAAUUUAAGCCCAUUUCUCCAAAGGUUGAAAUCAGAACAGACGAAGUAAUUGUAAAUAAGGACAGUCCCUAUAUGGCAAAGAAGAAUAACCAUAAAGUUAACAUGGGUAAAUUAUCUUCAAAGCGGAAAUUGGAUUUCGUGAAGCAGCUGGUAUUGAAUCAGAAAUGUUUAAAAAGGAAAAAGAAGAAGGAAAAGCAACCUGUUCAGUCAUGCAGAUCUCAUAGAACAUCUGUUAUAAGGAAUGCCAAGGUGGUCCACAUUCAUCGUACAAAGGGAAGAAUACAAACCACUACUACAAGAGUAAAUAUCACUCUUACCAAGGGUACUGAUGCUGAGAUGAAGCGAUGGAGUAGAUUUGCUGACUUUAAGGCACAACUCACAUACCAGAACGAUGAUAAUACACUGGUACAUAUCAAGGUUGAUGAGCUCCAGUCUGGGUUCUACAAGUUGAUGCCAGUAGUUGACCUCUCCAAUACUAGAACAGUUAAUGUAAUUCUAAGUUGUCUACCACCUCACCCAGACAUCAUUGUGGAAGGUGACUCUUUUAUUGCAGUGGGACCUUUACACAAUGUUGUGAACACAGGACAGGACGCAAAACAAACCGAAGAAUGGUCAUCAAGCGAGUUUGGAGGAAAGCUUGCUUCACUUCUACCAGCCACAGCAAUGUGUCAUGGAAGUCUUUACUUUAGCGACGUCAGUUACCGUCCAAAACUUGAUACACACGAAUGGUACGGUACUGGUAUUUUUGAUAUUUUCACAAGAAAAUAUUGUCGUCAGAAAAGAGUUGUGCAGCGGCACAAGUGGAACAGAAAUCCUUACGACAAAACAUUCAGUUAG